GGAGGGCGGCGGCGGCGGAGGCGGAGGAGGCGGAGGAGGCGGAGGAGGCUGCGGCAGAGAAGAAAGUGUCAGAGCCGGUUCGGCUUUAGAGUGUGGUGAAGGAUACUUUUCAUGGUGCAUGGAAGGAAAGCCAAUGCGCAGGUGUACCAGCAUUCGCCCAGGAGAGACUGGAAUGGAUGUAACAAGCCGCUGCACCCUUGGAGACCCCAACAAACUGCCGGAAGGGGUUCCCCAACCUGCCCGCAUGCCCUAUAUCUCAGACAAGCACCCUCGACAAACCUUGGAGGUGAUUAACCUGCUGAGAAAGCACCGGGAGCUGUGCGAUGUGGUGCUAGUUGUGGGCGCCAAGAAGAUAUAUGCACAUCGAGUCAUUUUGUCAGCCUGUAGUCCCUACUUCCGAGCUAUGUUCACGGGAGAAUUGGCAGAGAGCCGACAGACCGAAGUCGUGAUCCGAGACAUUGAUGAGAGGGCCAUGGAACUUCUGAUUGACUUUGCGUACACCUCCCAGAUCACUGUAGAAGAAGGCAACGUUCAGACCCUUUUGCCAGCUGCCUGCCUCCUCCAGCUGGCAGAAAUACAGGAAGCCUGCUGUGAAUUCUUAAAGAGACAGUUAGAUCCUUCUAACUGCCUGGGCAUUCGGGCUUUUGCCGACACACAUUCUUGCCGUGAGUUGCUAAGGAUAGCAGACAAGUUCACCCAACAUAACUUUCAAGAGGUAAUGGAGAGUGAAGAGUUCAUGUUACUUCCAGCCAAUCAACUCAUUGAUAUCAUAUCUAGUGAUGAGCUGAAUGUUCGCAGUGAAGAGCAAGUGUUCAAUGCAGUGAUGGCAUGGGUCAAAUACAGUAUUCAGGAAAGACGCCCUCAGUUGCCCCAGGUGCUGCAGCAUGUCCGUUUGCCCUUGCUUAGUCCCAAGUUCCUGGUGGGCACGGUAGGCUCUGAUCCUCUCAUUAAAAGUGAUGAAGAAUGCAGAGACUUGGUGGAUGAGGCUAAAAACUACCUCUUGUUGCCUCAAGAACGACCACUAAUGCAAGGACCAAGGACGAGACCACGGAAACCCAUCCGAUGUGGAGAAGUACUCUUCGCAGUUGGUGGUUGGUGCAGUGGAGAUGCCAUAUCCAGCGUUGAGCGAUAUGACCCACAGACCAACGAAUGGCGAAUGGUGGCUUCAAUGAGCAAAAGGAGAUGUGGAGUUGGGGUCAGCGUUCUUGAUGACCUGUUAUAUGCAGUAGGAGGCCACGAUGGCUCCUCUUACCUCAAUAGUGUUGAAAGAUAUGACCCUAAAACAAAUCAAUGGAGCAGUGACGUGGCCCCUACAAGUACCUGUAGGACCAGUGUGGGUGUGGCUGUCCUAGGAGGCUUCCUCUAUGCUGUGGGGGGCCAGGAUGGUGUGUCUUGCCUCAACAUUGUUGAGAGGUAUGACCCAAAGGAGAACAAGUGGACUCGGGUAGCGUCAAUGAGCACCAGAAGACUUGGCGUGGCCGUAGCUGUGUUGGGAGGGUUCUUGUAUGCUGUAGGUGGCUCUGACGGGACAUCACCACUCAACACAGUGGAGCGCUACAAUCCUCAGGAAAACAGAUGGCACACCAUAGCCCCUAUGGGAACCCGGAGGAAACACCUGGGCUGUGCAGUGUAUCAGGACAUGAUCUAUGCCGUGGGCGGGAGAGAUGACACAACAGAGCUUAGCAGUGCUGAGAGAUACAACCCCAGAACUAACCAGUGGUCUCCGGUGGUGGCCAUGACGUCGCGCCGCAGUGGAGUGGGCCUGGCCGUGGUCAACGGACAGCUUAUGGCCGUGGGAGGUUUUGAUGGCACAACCUACCUGAAGACCAUCGAAGUGUUUGAUCCCGAUGCCAAUACCUGGAGGUUAUAUGGCGGGAUGAAUUAUCGUCGGCUAGGAGGGGGCGUAGGAGUUAUUAAGAUGACACAUUGUGAAUCCCACAUAUGGUGAACAUGUAGAAGACUGUCUUGAACCUACUUCUCUAUAUUCUGGAGAGCUUUGACUUUGAAGCUUUGUACAGCUUGAGAAAACAUUAGAACAAAUUUUAUUCUUUGCCGGUGCCUCAACAUACGGGAAUGCAAAUCUGAUGACAGUGCUUCACCUGCAAGACGCCACCUUUGCACAGUAAUUUUCAACUCUUUGCAGAAGAAUAUUUAUUUUUGGUUCUAAUUUAUCAUGAUGUUUUGGUUUGGGGGUGUUUGGGGCUUUGGUUUUUUGUUUUUGUUUUUACUUAUCCUUCCUCCCAAGGAAAGACAACGACUAAAGUUCCAAGCAACAAAAUUACUUUGAUUUUUAAGGUAGUGACUUAAUUUUGAAAAUACAAAUACUGAUAAGGGCAGAAGGGCUACUCUGGUCUGGUUGUAUCUACUGGACACUCCAUCCACAUACUCCACCACUUACAAGGAUUUCCAGUGAUAGAGAUGGGGAUGCACGGUGUGUUAGCUACUCGUCAUUCUUGCACUAAGCACCCUAAGACUUGAAAAUCUAUGAUAAAAAGAAACAUCUCAUAUUAAAUAGUACAAUUCAGAAGGAAUAUUAAAUCAUCAAAAGCAGGACUCUAAUGCUGCAGUUUUCAUCAGUGGAAGUUCGUAUCUUGUUUCCUUCUAAGUGAACUUGUUUUCAACUCUAGUUAAAGUCUUUUUUUUUUUUUUAAUCAUAAUAUUCUCAUGGAGUUUCUGCUAGACCUAGAACUUUGAUCAGUGCCUCUUAUAAAAAUGAGAAUAGGGGGCUGGGGAGAUAGCUCAGUCGGUAGAGUGCUUGCCUUGUAAGCACAAGGCCCUGGGUUCGAUCCCCAGCACCCAAAAAAAAAAAAAAAAAAUGAGAAUACAUCUCAUUUGCUGUCUUGAGACUCCCCCAACCA